CGCCGUGCGCGCACCAAACCGGGACCUGUCCAUGCCGGAAUUGAGCAAACUUGGCGGAACUGAGGGCUUUUCUAGGAGGAGGAGGGAGCCACCGUUCGACCUCCGGCGCGAAGCGACGGCUCCGUGACGUGCCGCUGUUGCAAAGCCAAAGCAGGGAUGGUUAGAAGUCUGGCCCGUGCCGCCAUCGUGGGGAACGGGCAGAAAGGCUUCCUCCUCGCUCCGGGAGAACCCGCCGUCCUUCUCGGCGCCGCGCGCUGCCCUUUCCCCGGCGGUUGCCUAGGAGACGGGAAGCGGGCGAGCGGCCUCGCGGGGAGGGCUUUCGGAGCGCGCGCGCGGCCGGGAAUCAGCCCGGGAGGGCGGCCGUGCUCCGAGGCGCGCGCCCGCUCCUCGGCGCGUGCCGAAGGCUUCCCCGCGCCGGGGAUCCGCUUCCUCAGCUUGAGCGGGAGCCGCUGCCGAGCGGUGGAAGGACGAGCUCUGCAGUUUGAAAACAGCAAAAGUAGAUGUUCACCAUUGGGAAGUAGAACACUUUAUUUUGAUACCCAUGCCUUUGUGUGCCUCUUGGAAGAAAAUGGAUUCACCACUCAACAAUCUGAGAUCAUUGUGUCUGCUGUAAUGAACAUUAUGAAAAACAAUAUGGAUAUGAUACACAAAGACAUGGUCACCAAAAUGCAACAGGAAAUUGCUGUUCAGCAGAUAAUGUCUCACAUUGGUGUUGUAAAAAAGGAUAUGAUUAUUUUGGAAAAGAGUGAAUUUUCAGCACUCCGAGCAGAAAAUGAGAAAAUAAAAUUUGAACUUCAGCAGCUAAAAAAGCAAGUAAUGGAUGAAACUUCCAAAGUGCGAACAGAUAGCAAAUUAGAUUUCAAUCUAGAAAAAAGCAGAGUAAAAGAAUUGUAUUCACUGAAUGAUAGAAAAGUACUGAAAAUGAGAACAGAAAUAGUGGAAUUGCAUGCCCAGCAAGAUCGAGCUUUAACACAGACUUAUAGAAAAAUAGAUACUGAAGUUGCAGGUCUGAAAACAAUGCUUGAAUCACACAAACUUGACAAUAUCAAAUAUUUAGCUGGUUCAGUAUUUACGUGCCUUACAGUAGCACUCGGAUUUUACCGUUUAUGGAUAUAACGAAACAUUAUUUUCAAGGAUCUUGCAUUAGCUUGCCGUAAGAAAUAACAUGUUAUUUCCAUCUGAGAAAGUAGCAUUUUAUUUAUUUAUUGCACUGAAAAAUAUAAUCAAAGAAUUACAUAUGGGCGCCUGAAAAAUGUAUGGGUAUCAAAAUAUUGAAAGGAACCUUGCCUGUGUUAUGGGCAUCCAUAUUUUGCACAGAAUAUGUCCACUCAGAACUGACUGUUUAUAUGUCUCCAGGAUAUUAUGAUCCUAAAAAGAUAGCUUUUAAAAUACCUACUACCUAUAUCAAAUGCAAGUUUUAAGUUAGAAGAUUAGUGGUAUCAUAACAACAGACAUUAAUGCUAAGUGAGUGGGGAUAAUAUAAUUCAAUUGCCUUUAUUUAUCAUGUUCCUUCAGAGCUAGAAAUUCUUGAAUUAUGUCAGGGUUUUACUUCCUAUGUAUCGAUAAACAGGAUUCUAAAGAUUUUUUGUUUCUGUAUUUAAUGGAUGUUUCCGUUGUCAUCUGUUGUUAAUAAACCUCCGUCCAAAUGUUUUAUAAGCAACGGUUGUAAAAAGAUUGUGCUGAUAACAAAAUGCCAAAAGAACAGUAGACAAAAUCUUAACUGUUUCCUUAAUAGAAAAAUAAUGGAAGCAAAAACUUUUACAAAAGUUUAAUUUUUAAAGUUGUACUUCCAAUAUUUUUAUAUUGGGGAAACAGCUAGAGAAAAAAGGCAUUUUUCUUAAUAAAAUAAUAAAAGGCUACCAGCAUAAUCAUAAACCUUUUUUUUUUAAAGGUUAAUCGGGUUUACUCUCAGCUAGUGAUUACAAAGUUGUAGCCUAUUGAGAUUUUUUCAAUAUUUCCAGAAUAACAGUAAUUAUAAAUCAGUGACCAAAUUUAUCUGCAGUUAAGCACUAUAAGAAGUUCUUAAAGAGAAAACUUUCCUAAGUAGAAAAUAGUAUUGGCGAUUGCAGCUAGAAGAUACCAAAUACCACAAAUACAUACCUGGAAAUAAAUUCUCAUGAAAUUAAAAGAAUAGUCAUUUUGCAGACUGGAAAAUUAUGUGUACAAGCUAGGCCAAAAUUUAAACCUAACACAUAUAUCCAUAGGUCCAUUUCUUCUAGGGAAAUGUGGAAGAGAAUGCUUGUUUUACAUAAGCAAUUGAUUAAUUGUUAAAUUUGGCAACAUAAAAGAAGUUAUCACUUUUAUGAUGAAACACCAAUUGAUAGUAACUUUA